UAUACGCGUUUCUAGAUAAAUAAAAUUAAACUGAAUUUUUUUUUUUAAUCUCGAAGCUGAUAUUCAAUAAAAGAUAAUUUAAUCUAUAAACUUGUAUGUAUGUAUAUAUGUAUAUAUAUAUAAAUUUAAACGUUGUUUCUUCAUCGACUAACCUAAAAAAAUGUCUAUAAAUAACGAAAAAGAGGCGAUAGAAAAAUUUAUUACAGAAUUAAAAGAAUUUUUAACAAAUGAUGAUCCAGAAAGUGCCGUACUUUUAUUCAAAAGUAACAUUCACGAACAAAUCAUUGAACAAUCUUCGUGGGAUAUCGUACCCAUUGUUUCCAAUUAUUUUACGAGUUUUAAUGCUAACAAUAAAAAGAAAUUAUUCGAAUGUUGUGAAACUAUACUCAAUAUAAUAGCAGAAAAGUGUAAUCCAUCUGAGACUGUAUUACAGUUUUUAGAACAAAUUGAAUCUUUAGAAAAUGAUACAAAAUUUUGUACAAUGUUGAAGCCAGUUGGAAUUAGUUUUAAUAAACUAAACGAUAAAUCUAAAGCCAUUGAAUGGUGCGUUGGUACAAUACAAUCUUAUAUACAAGCUUUGCCUAUACCAAGUUAUGAUAAAUCAGACUCCAACAAAAAUAAAAAUAUUGAAGAAACAAGCGCAAUUUCGCAUAGAAUUAUCAAUUUGUAUACCUAUAUUGUUUCAUUCUUACAAUCAUUAAUCCAAGAAUUGAGCCUAACAGAUAUUACUAAACAAGAUAUUAUAUUUAAGGAAUACGUAUUAGGUCUCCUAAUUUAUUUAUUAGGAAGGCCAUUUUGUUAUUUAUACGAAGAUGUUACGGUAUCAAGAAUUCGCGACCAAAUAUUAAAGCUUAUAUUUCAUCUUGCUAAAGAUGUACUGUAUCCUUUAAAUUUUGUAAAUGAUCGUUCGAUAUUAGAGAAUGACUGUAUAAUGAUUAAUAAGGAUUCGGAUGAAAAACCUAUAAGUGGACAGCUAGAAAAAUGUGAAAUCUUGGAAUUGCAAGAAAUUGUACCAACUUUGGCAUAUGCUAACUUUUAUUUCUAUGUAAUAACAAAUGAAGCAUUAUGGAUAAAACUUCCACAAGUAUAUCAUCCACAUUAUAUCUUUCAAGCUGGCAUUACUCUUGUUAAUUGUCUGCUUAAGGAACAAGAUAUUGCAUUAAUAUCUAAAGGUUUAAUAUUUAUGGAACUUCUUGUAAAACGUGUAGAGAAGAUGUCUAUCGGUCCAGAUAAAUUAGAAUUAAAAAUUUAUGUUAUGUUAUUGCAAACUAUUAUUAAUGUGAUGAUAUAUUGCGAGAGCGACAGUGAAAGAAAAAAAGCAUUAUCAGUUUUUCAUGAAUAUAUUAUAAACAUAUUUAAUAUGGAAGCUAGAUAUUUUGUAAUACUAUACUUAUAUAAUACAUGUUACCAUUCUGGUGUUCUUAGCUUGGUAACUGGUUUAGUCAAAACAUCUAUCAUUGAAAGUUUAGGAAUGACACCUAGAUGUACAUAUUUUUUUGGAAGCAAUUUAGAAUCUUUAUUAAAAGGUGCAUGUAAUUUGCCUUAUGGUAGUGCAACCGAUUUGGUAGAGAUAUCAGAUGAAAUAAUAACUACGUUAAAUCUCUUAAGAUUUUUACUUAUCAGAGAUCGAUCUAAUGAAACUGGUAUUUGGAGCAUAGUAAAUAUGCUCGAGGAAAAUUAUUUGAAACCUUUAAGACAAGGGAUAGAUUUAUGCAAAGCACAUUGGAAAACUAAAAUAAAAGAUUUAGAAGAAGCAAAAACUAAAAAUAAAUCACAUAUUUCUAAUGAAACAGAAGCAGAUAAGAAGGUGAUGUUGUCUGUUGGUAAUAAAAAAUUACCAGCCAUGCCAAUUGCACAAAAACUCAAAUUUUCACAUCAAGUUUUAUGCGGUCUUGAUGUAAUGGAAAGUCUUUUAAUUAGAGUUAAUGAGUGCAUUGUAAAUGAUUCUAUAAAAAAUAUCUUAUUAUAGAUCAUAACAUAUUGAAUUACAUAUAUAUGUCAUUAUAUGAGAAGAUAAAAUAAUAUUAAUAUUUAA